CCCCUUCUUCGGCUCUUGGAUCGGACCGAUUUUUCUUCGAGUAAAAUAUUCUUCUAGUCCAAAUUUUUUGAUUUUCCCUCCUUCCGAUCUUUUUCUUUUGUGCUGCCUGCUGCGUCGGUAUACACACACCGUUGUGACAUUGAAGAGUCGCUCUCGCUUGCUUUUUGUUGGGUUUUUUCUUCGGGUUGUUUGUUGCUGUUGUUGUUGCUGUUGCUGUCGUUGUCAUUAUCUUUUGGCUGCGUUUGUUUGAUCGAAUGUUGCUGCCAAAACUUUUUCUCGGCGGGCCAACGAUUUAAUCAGCGAUCGCCUUUUCUUCGGAUGAGUUGAUUCACGACGGCGGCGCCGCUCGUCUUUGGAAUACUCGAAAACACAACGCAACACAACACAACUGACGCGCUGGUGUCUAGUACAGACUUUGAUAGGAUCUCUAGUAUGCGUCGCAGAUCCCCCAACGGCUACGUACACACGCUCGACGCGAUCAUGUGGAAGACUAACAAGUGAGCCUACCACGACGACCUCCACUGUUCGCGAUUGACUUGGAAGACGGGGGAAACCAAUAAAGAAACCGAACAAGAAACCAAAGAAGAAAGAAAGACGACAAAGAAGAGGAUAUACAACGCUUCGUUUGCUAUGGCUUUGUUCCGACUGAAGACCGCCUUAUUCGGCUUGAUCGUGAUUAUCGCCCAUCUGAUUCCAACCGCACGAGCUGGCAUUGGGUAUUUUUGGCACGUGACUGAUUUUCACUACGAUGCAAAUUUGACUGGAGCUGGAGAUGGAAAUUGCUGGAGUGGCCAAAUGAAAAAGAAUGGGAUUGGUGGAAGUAGCAGUCAGUUGCAGCAAAGCCAGCAUGUCCAUGUCGAAAGAUUUGGCAGCUAUCGGUGUGAUUCGACGUGGCAGUUAGUGGUCAGUGCUGUUCAAGCAAUGAAAGCCAUCACAGGAGAAGAUAUUGAAUUUCUUCUAUGGACUGGUGAUUCUGCUGCAAGAUGGAUGGCUUCUCCAGGCGACGAUGGCAAAAGUCGAGUUCAUGAGGCAGUUAGUGCCGUAAGUCUUCUAAUACGGCGAUACUUUCCCGGCACGGUCGUAUAUCCCAUCGUGGGUGGAGCAGAUGUGUGGCCAAGAGGCCAAACGUCUUUCAGCAACACAGCACAGCCAUAUCAUGAUUUAGCUAAUUUAUGGCGAGUGUGGCUUCCACCAGAGGCAGAAGCUACUUUUAAGAAAGGAGGCUACUAUGUUAUCGAACAGGCACGCCUGCAAUUACACCUAAUAGCGCUAAAUACCAAUUACUAUUCUGAGGUUAAUUAUGCCACAGCCGAGAAUGAAGAAAUGGAUCCUGGUGGACAAUUUGCCUGGUUUGAGUCUAUCCUCCUUAAAGCACGACGUCGUCGAGGAACCGUUUAUAUUUUUGGCCACGUCCCACCCGGAAUUUACGAGCGCCACUACAGUCGACAGGCAUUGCACUGGUUUCAAGACCGUUUUAAUCGUAAAUAUCUGAGUUUAGUGCAGAGCUACUCAGAUGUCAUUGCCGGCCAGUUCUUCGGACACGCUCAUACAGACAGCUUCCGUGUAAUUUACGACGACAACGGUCGUCCCAUAUCGUGGAUUCUCUUGGCCCCAGCUGUUUCACCACGGGAACCUGGCUUGGCAGAAGGAACUGGUCCAAAUAAUCCAGCCAUACGUCUUGUCAAGUUCAAUACAAAUAACGGCCAGGUUUUGGACUACACACAAUACUACUUAAAUCUUACCGAAGCAAACGCGAACGGAAGAGCUGAGUGGCGUCGGGCUUACAACUUCACCCAGCUCUACAAAAUGCCCGAUGUAAAUCCUAUCGCGCUGCAUAAUGUUGCUGCCGCAAUGUUAACACACCCAAAUGUUUUCCAGAACUAUUACACUGUUAAUCACAUGUUAAGAGAUGGUCUUCCCUACUGUGGAUCUCUCUGUAGGCAAGUUCACUUCUGCUCGGCAACACAGAUCGAUUAUGCCGACUAUGACGAUUGCAUUGUCACGGCCCUAAUGGCCAGCAGCAGAAGUAGUGGUGUUAGUUCUAGAAGAAAACCAGUUGCGGCUACUUUAGGACUCAUCUUAAUGACCCUUUUAAAAUUAAUUUUCGCAAGUGUUGCAGAGAGAUAAACAAUUUAACUUGCAGCUAAAUCAUGGUUCCUUCUUGAAACUUCAUGCAACACUCAAAACAGUGAUGUGUUUUACACUGGUACAAGUGGUACAGUGGCCUUGAUGGAUUCGAUCAUUUCCUUGCACCCGUCGAACCUAUGACAUUACAACAGAAAAACAGGUUGAAUGGUGAUGGUGCUGUGAAGCAAUGCGAACAUUCACCUAAUUUACGGAUCGAAAAGAUCAUCAUGCAAAACCUUUUCCGUCGAAGUAAAUAAUAAUUUGUUAUUGAUUGUCUGUGGGCAAUGAGAAAAUGCGUUCAUCCUUUGAAAUAUUCUACAGAUUUAAAUUUUGUUUCAUCGUUCCAUGUUUAAUACAAAUUGUAUUAUAUUUUGUGUAUAAUUCAUUGAAGAUACUGUAUGUAUAUUGUAUAUACACACCAUAAAUUGAGCCAUUCGCCAAAGGAACUGUUUCGUUAAUACAUUUUCCGAAGCACGAUAA